CGCACACGCAUAUGACACCGAGGCAACCUGUCUCUUAAAUUAAUACUCAGACUGGACAGUUUUUAAACUCACUUUAUUUUUUUAUAUUAGUAGAUGCCACAAUGCUGCCUUUCAAGAGAACUUUUGAGAGCGAAAAACAGCAGCUGCAGGAGCUCAACAGCAGACUUUCCCAGUAUCUCUCCAGAACGAAGCAGCUGGAGCAGGAAAAUGUGCAACUGAUUACUGAGAUAAAUAAACUCAGGCAAGCGAAGACGGCGGAAUGGGAGCCGACGUACAAGGCCGAGAUGCGGGAUCUGAGGAGAAUGGUGGAGCAGCUGUCGUUGGAGAAGUCCCAGGCUGAGAUGGAGAGGGAGAAGCUAUGGCGGGAGCUGCAGAUGGUUCAGUCUCUGUGCAGCGAGCAGACCGAGGUGUGCAGGGACAUCAGUGGCGAGCUGAAAGGCUGCGAGCAGGAGCUCCACCACGCUCACAAGACCAACAGUGAACUUCAGCAGCGUUUGUUUCAACUGGAGAACGAGUAUAAAUGCGUAGAGGAUGCGCACAGGCAAGAAAUGGAACAUCUCCGGCGUCAGGUGGAGUCCCGGGUGGUACCCAUCAUCACGCAAACUUAUCGCGGGCCUCCCGUGGCCUCCAUGGAAGAGGUGCAAGAGUAUGCCCGAGGUCUGUCCGAAGGAUGGGUCGAGACCUUUGAAAUGUACCAGCAGAAGGUGGAAGACAUGGAGCAGGCGAUUAAAGCGGACCAGGCGAGGCUGAGUGAUCUGCAGAGGGAAAAGAUGCUGUACGUCUCAGAAUUGGACAAAUUACGCGCAGAGGCGGAAAAACAAGGCCAAAUUCAACUGCACCUUGAAGAACAACUGAUGCAGAUGCAGGAGAAAUUUCGCGUGGACUUUAGUGAAUAUCAGAUGAUUAUUGAGCAGCUGGAGCACGAGAGGAACAUGAUGGCUGACACCAUAGCAGAAAAGAUGCGAGAACAUCAGCACCUUCUCCAGGUUAAGAUGGAUCUGGGCAUGGAGGUAGCUGCCUACAGGGCUCUCUUGGAGGGUGAGAGAGUGGGUCUGCAAGAUGCUCAUAGGAGGGUGAAUCAACAUCAAAGAGAAAGAAUAAUAGAUAUCAGGAGGGUUGCCCAACCCUACACACCAAGAGCUUCCAGCUUAACCACCAGACAGCAUAUGGAUGUCAGGUACUCGCCUCAGACUUCAAGCCUGAGAAGAUCCCCUGUUCCUCCCUCUGGGUCCAUAAGUCCCUCUAGGGUCAUUCCUAUUUCAGUUGCGGGCAGAGCUCGUCAUCAGAGUCCUGCAUCCAGAAGGGACAUGAUCUCAUUCACCAAAGCUCGGGCUGCCGCUUCUGCCCCUGCUACCACCACUACCACCACUACUACUGCUGCCAAAGAUAAACAAACAGGCCAGCGUGAAACCUACAUGAGUCAAGGUGUGCAGAAAACAACAGCAGAGGUGAAAACAGUGAAAAUCAAACAGGUCUCUCAGGUGGAGAGCCAAAUCAGUCCCAUCAAGUCCUCCACUGCUGAGACCAAAUCAGUGAGAGUGGUUUCACCGCCAAUGAUGAGCCUGAGCAUGAAAACUGAGACAGAAAGCAAAAAGCAAGUGUCAGAUGAAACGGAGAUAGAUAAUGUUUAUGACAGCGAGUUCAAAGAGGGAGGGAGAACAGAGUCUACAAUAAAGCCAAGUGAGAAGAGGAUAUUAGACUCUGUGUCUGUAGAGGAGAUCAUUGAGAAAGUGAUAAAACCAGCAGGUUUGGAGGCUCAGGUUUGCUCAUCAGGAGAAUCCAAGGUCAGAUACCACGUGGAGAAAACGGAGCAGGAGGAUGGCACGACUAAAACACAGAUUGUGCUGGAGUCCAAAGUGGAAGAAGAGGUGGAUGUUUUUGAGGACUCUGCCCUGAAUGAACUUCUGACCCAAGGUGUGAAGAAGGUGUCACUGGAGGACAUCAAAGACACAGCGACAGGAAGCAUGAUCAAGAGCCUGCUAAGUGACCUGCAGGGGGCAGGGGACUUGGAAAAUAAGUCCGUCAACGUGGAAAUCAUUGAGGAACCGGUGGACUCUCACAGUGAUGAGGAGAUUGAGGUUGAACAAAAGUCCAGAUCUACAUUUUAUGAGCCUUCCUCAAAAUAUUUCCAAAUUGAGGAGCUAGAAAAUGUUCCUCAUGAUGUUCACAUUCAGAGGAGUGAUGAUGAUGAUGCUAUGAAAACCUCUGUGACAGACGCAGAUCAUUCCAAGGGUGGUUCCGUUCAUGUUGAAGAGAUCUCUAGACAGAGUGGAUCUUCAUAUUUCUCCCACGACCAAGAGCCUCAUGAGUAUUUUGUCUCUACACCAGAUGAUAAUCUUUCUGAACCCGAGGAGGGUGGGGGUAUCACCUCAUACGGCCAUUAUGGCAUCGUAGAUGACCUCUCAGAUGAGAGAUAUUAUCAAGAUGAAAGUCUGCCACCGAAAAGAGUGAUUGUAGAGGAAAGUGAGGAACACAAGUUCUCUUCAGGCGAUAGCUCGUUUGCCAAAGAAAGUUUCCCAGAGUGCAUCAUUGAAGAAGAGGUUCGUGUCUCCCCUGUAGUGCAGGAGUCGGUGCUUGAGUUCCUGAGAGAGGACUCUUUGGAGCCCAAAGAGCAGCUGAGGGGAGCUCUAGAGAAGCUACAAAGCUCAGUUUCAGGUCCUCUGAGGGAGGAGUUGGCUUUCCUCACAAAAGUGAGUAGAGAAAGUCCACAGAAUGUGGCUGUCGAUGUCAAAAAAGUGCAGCAGUCAAGUGACAAUGGAACCAUGACUAUAGUUGCUGAGCUAAAUGUCUCUCAAACUCUGGAAGACUCUGGGCUGCUGGAGGCCGGGGAUGAUCUCUCUGAUGAGCAGAUCAUGGCAGCGCUCAGAUCUUCUAACGUAGGACUUGAGAAAACCUUCCAGGGUGGGGCAGGAGGAGGCUACAGCUUCAGAGUCACCGAAGAAGAGGGUUUUGCUCAUGGUGACGAGUCUGAAGGCUUCACAACCCUUACAGAAUCUGUGUCUGAAAUCACUGAGAAACAUAUCAAAGUGGGGCCAUCAGAGGAGUCCUUCACCUUCCAGAUGGGUGUACAGGGCAGCCAUUCUGAGCCAUCCUCAGAGCAAGAGCUGCAAUCUCGAAUCGCCCCAGUGCAGAUUUCUCAAGAGAAAAAAGUUGCAAGAAUUUACCUUGAAAGCCCUGAAGAUGACUAAGAAGGAAUUCAGUCAGAAAUAUUUUAAAAUUUAGUACUUGGCAGUGUAUUGCUUGCUGAAGUGCACAUACAGAUGUUGAUCUGAUCCAGCAGUACAUCAUAUAUGGCAUUAAUGCUGAUUGCAGACACUCUAAUUGUGUCUGCACCCCACGAUUGAAGCAAAAUUCUGUUAUUUAGUUAAAAUGACCACAUUAACACACACUUUUUAUGGUAUUCAUUGUGGCAAUACUACUAUUAAAAAAUACUCAUUGCCAACUAAUAUGAGCUAGCUUAAGUUUUUCAUAGCUUGCAGUUUAUCUUCAAGCAGUUUUGUUUACUCUCUCUAAAUUUCUCUAUUUUUGUACUAACCUGUGCUGUACAGCUUAAACAGCCUGUUCUGCAGUUUACUAUCAACCCAACCAUCACAUCAUGGCUGUGUGUUUCCUUGGUCAACAUUAAUGCAGACCAACAUAGGGAGGUUGGAGCUAUGAGGUGCUGUGCACUGUUUGCAGACUAGGCCUUUAAUUUUUCUUUUUCUUUGGGCACUGCUACCAAAUGGAAUGACGUUGGCAUAUACUGCAUCCUGGAAUACAGUGGUUUUAUUUUUUAGGAAUAGUCACUAGUGUGUACAGAAUAGAGUUGAGCUUGUAGCUGACAGUAUAGAGUGAAGAAAAAGACUAAUUUCUCUUAGGAAAUUUUGCAAGUUUUGAAUGCUGAAGUUAAAGUGUAGUGCAAGUACGUGUGGCACUUAAAAGUGGUUGUUAAGUAACUCACAAAGUUAGGUAUUGUGAGAAGUAAUGGCACAUUACACAUUUUCAAUAAUCAGAAAAAAAUAACUGCUCAUUACUGCAUCAUAAUGCUGGUGAAAUGAUCAAUGUAAUCAAUAUGAAAACGUUAACAAAACGUUAAUCUUUACAUGUUAUAUAUCAGUACCAUCUCUGUGCUUAGUGAGUUGGGAAUUCAAAAUGGUGGUUUAUACCAGUUAGAACUCCAAAAGAGGUUUGUCAAUUUGAAAAGCAAAUCGGAAGAUGAAAGAAUGAAAAGAAGCAGCAAGGAUCUAAAUGAAAUAAGGAUUCGAUGACAGCAUUGUUAAAGGAAAAUAUAAUCAUGUCUGGUUUUGAUGUAUGUUUCGUCUGAAUGCCUUUAGCUUGUCCACAUUUGUUGGUUAUCACAGUGUUGGCUUGAGGGAUUCACCUUUACUCUGACAUAAGAGUGUGUUCAUGACCGUGACUAUUUUUGGAUCGUCAGCUUAGUGGCAUUGAGUGUUCACUAGGGUUUGUUGUGUUGUGUACUAGUUGCAGAGGCAUAAACAGUCCACUAUGAUUACAGCCUGGUUACAUGUUUUACACAUUUUGUCUUAGCGGUUGUACUAACACUUAGCAGUGUCACAAAUUGGCUUUAUGGCUCUAUUGUGUUAAAACAACGCACAGAAAUACAGUGUUUAGCGUGAAUGUCAUGCUUUUAUAAAGAUAUUCUUUGUUAGAAAUCUACAAAAUUAAACUUGAUCUAAAAAGAUUUGUUGCAUUCAAGUGCCCAGA